CGCCGGCCCCGCCGCCCCCGCACCGCCCCUGCCAGGCCCCGCUCCGCACACGGACCCCCUGGAUCCCGCCCGCCGGCAGGUGGGAACAGGGAAAGCUCCAGCAGCCCCGGCGCAGGGGGCACAGUAGAAGGACCCCCGGCCUGGCAGGAGGCCCUGUGAGACCUUUGGGUACUGAUGGACGUUUCCGACAGCCCUGAGCGAAACCCCUGCUCUCCUGAGGAAGAGGACCAGCAGCUUUCCGAUGAGGAAGUCCUAAAGGAGAGUGGCUCAGACCGGGAACUCGAUGGAGAGGGGGGACAAGGCAGUGUCCUGGGCGAGGAGGAGGAUCCAGGCAGGGGACUGAGCCGCAGGGAGGAGGAGAACCAUUCGGAUGAGGAGGAUCGGUUGAGUGAGGCCAAGUCUCAGGAAUCCGACACCAACGAGCAGAGUGUGGAGCUGAAGAGCCCCCGGCCCCGGAAAGGAGAGGAAGAAGACAGGACAAAUGACCUCGGAGAUGAAGCGUCCUCGGUCACCCGGGAGCUGGAUGAGCAUGAGCUGGACUAUGAUGAGGAAGUGCCCGAGGAAGCCAGUGCCGCUGCUCCGGAGGAGGAUGGGGAGAAAGCUGCUGGGGAGGAUGAUGAGGAAGAGGAGAAAGGAGAUGAUGCAGCUGAAGAUGAGAAAAAAUCCAGCGGCAAAAGUGACGAUGAAAAGGAUGGCCAGGAUUCCCUCAAGGAGAAGAAAAAAGAAGAAGAUGAUGGAGAAAUUGAUGAUGGAGAAAUUGAUGACGAUGACUUGGAGGAAGGAGAAGUUAAAGACCCCAAUGACAGAAAAGUGAGACCACGUCCCACCUGCCGGUUCUUCAUGAAAGGUCACUGCACCUGGGGCAUGAACUGUCGCUUUAUUCACCCCGGGGUGAAUGACAAAGGAAACUACUCCUUGAUCUCCAAGCCUGAACCCUUCUCCCCCAACGGAGCCCCUCCCAUUGGCCCUCACCCUCUGAUGCCAGCCAACCCUUGGGGAGGGCCAGUGGUUGAUGAAAUCUUACCUCCGCCUCCUCCAGACCCUCCAACAGAAAGUGCCUGGGAGAGAGGACUCCGGCAUGCUAAAGAGGUAUUAAAAAAAGCAACUAUGAGAAAGGAACAGGAGCCUGACUUUGAGGAGAAGAGAUUCACUGUGACUAUUGGAGAAGACGAGCGGGAGUUUGACAAGGAAAACGAGUUUUUCCGCGACUGGAAUUAUCGCAUCACCAGAGACGUCCGAGAUCCAGCGGAGGUGGACAUCAAAGAAAACAUUAACUAUGGGCUUGAUCCCUAUUCAGAUCCCUAUUAUGACUAUGAAAUAGAACGGUUCUGGCGUGGUGGGCAGUAUGAGAAUUUCAGGGUUCAGUACACAGACCCAGAUCCAUACCGUAACUACCGAGUAAGUAAGGAAAGAGAGCGAGAACGGGAAAGGGAAAGAGAGAACAGACAACGGGAAAGGGAGCGGGAGAGGGAGCGAGAGCGGGAACGGGAGCGGCGCCAGCGGGAACGAGAGCGGGAACGGGAGCGGGAGCGCGACAAGGAGCGGCAGCGGCGGAAAGAAGAGUGGGAACGGGAGAGAGAGCGAGUGAAGAGGGAUGAGAAGGACAGACAGCACAGAGACCGGGACAGGGACCGAGACCGGGACAGGGACCGGGAGCGGGACAAAGACAAGGACAAACCAAAGCCCCGGUCCCCGCUGCUACCAAGCCGUCAGCCUGAGCCACCAAAGAAGGACAAGGAGUCGGCCGCGCUCGGCACGGCCCAGUCGAAGCGGGCGGACGAGUGGAAGGAUCCCUGGCGCCGAUCCAAGUCCCCCAAAAAGAAACUCGGCGUGUCCGUGUCCCCCAGCCGUGCUCGGAGGCGCCGGAAAACCUCUGCUUCCUCAGCUUCUGCCUCUGGCUCCUCCAGGUCCUCUUCUCGUUCAUCCACCUAUUCUGGUUCAGGCUCCUCACGAUCUCGCUCCAGAUCAUCUUCCUACAGCUCUUACUCCAGUCGCUCCUCGAGGCACAGCUCUUUCUCAGGCAGCAGGUCCAGAUCACGGUCUUUCUCAUCUUCUCCCUCUCCUUCUCCAACACCAUCUCCACACAAGCCACUGGCGAAGGCUAAAGGGGAGUUAUUGCCACCUCCUGGAAAAGGUGACAAAUCUGUGAAGAAACUCGCUGCCCUUCCAGUCCCUCAGCCACUCACUAAAAUUACAACAGCUGCUCCAGAGCCAGCCAAGCCAGGGGAUAAUCGGGAGGCGAGAAGGAAGGAACGUCAGACGCGGACUCCACCCAGGAGGAGGACUAUCAGUGGCAGCAUCAGUGGCAGUGCCAGCAGCUACAGCGGCUCCAGCUCCCGAUCCAGGUCCUUGUCUCGAUCUCUCUCCAGAUCUCAUUCCAGAUCAUCCUCUGCCUCAGUCUCCCACUCCCCGUCUGGGUCCAGGAAAUCCAGGUCCCUGAGCGUGAGCAGCGUCUCCUCAGUGUCCAGUGCCUCGUCCAGCAGCAGCUCCGUGCGCAGCGCCGACUCCGAGGACAUGUACGCAGACCUGGCCAGCCCCGUGUCCUCGGCCAGCUCCCGCUCCCCCACCCCAGCCCAGCAGAAGAAAGGAAAGUCAAAAAAAGAAGACAGUGCUAAAGAGGAGAAGCGGAAACGGGAUGUGCCCACUCAGCUCCUGAAAUCAGCCAAGCCCACCCAGGGCAGCAAAUCCCAGCAGCUGCUCCAGAGCCAGCAGCCCUCGGCCCCCCAGUCACAGCAGGGCGGCUUCAGUGGGCACAAGGAGAUCAAACUGACCCUCCUGAACAAGGCAGCUGACAAAGGAAGUAGGAAGAGAUAUGAGCCAGCAGACAAGGACAGGCCAACCUCCCCCCCAGCCAAACGGGCCAACCUGUCCCCUGACAGAGGCUCUCGUGACAGGAAGGCAACUGGGAGACUCUCAUCCCCCAAACAGGAGCGACAGAGGGGCCAGAACCCAAAACCUUCCCCUGCACAGGCAGACAGGAAACGCCAGCUCUCCCCUCAAUCCAAGAGCUCCAGCAAAGUCACAAGUGUCCCGGGCAAGGCAUCCGACCCGGGUCCUGCGGCCGUCAAGGGGGGCAAGUCCAGCACCCUGUCACGGCGGGAGGAGCUCCUGAAGCAGCUCAAGGCGGUGGAAGACGCCAUCGCUCGCAAGCGGGCCAAAAUCCCGGGAAAAGUAUAGUGGGCCAUGCCCCGUAGUGACUGUUGAUGUUUUUAUAAAUAGUGGAAAAAGCGGCCACUUUGGGAUUUUGCAGUUCUGUCUUCAUUUUGGCUGCGAUUCUUUUUAA